AUGAUUUAUUUAAAUAAACUACGUUUUACUUCUAUUGAAGAUUGUUUUGAAUAUGAACUAGCAUUCUUACCAUUCUAUGGAACAAGAAUUAGUGAAAUGUUAUCAAAUAUUCCAGAUUUAGAGACAUUUGAGUUUCAACUUGAAUUUAAAAUGGAUAAAUCGACAUGUUUCACCCCAUCAUAUCGAUCACUAACAGAAGAAUCAUUUAGAAAUAUCAAUAAAUGGAAUAUUGUGUUUAAUUUUGAUCAAAAACGAAAUCAUUAUUCUAUUCUUACUUUACCAGCGAUGUCACAUGCAUCAUAUCACCUUCAUUCACUUUCGCCAACUUUACUUUAUACGAGUUCUAAUCAUGAUUAUUCGAGUAUCAGAAAAAUAGAAAUGUUUGAAUUAUUCUCUCAGCCGAUAUUAUUCACUGAACUGGCUAAAAUUCUAACAGAAAACUUUUCAAAAUUAACAAGUCUUACAAUUUCAGAUACAGCUAAAAAUAUUGAUAGAAAUGAAACUUCAUCUGAAAGUAAAUUAAGAUUAAAUCAUCUCAAAUAUUUAAAAAUUCAACAAAAUAUAUCCUAUCUUGAUCAACUUCUAUUGUUUGUACCAAAUUUAACAAGUUUAGUAAUAAAGGAUAUUCAAUGUUUACAGAAUAUUUCUGUUAAGAAUAAUAUUGGAUAUUUAGGGUUAUCUGAUUGUAAUCAGUUAACCAAAGUACGAAUGAUAUUAAAUAAUUCUUUUCAAAAUAUACAAAGUCUAGAAAUUGUAUUUAAAUUCAUUGAAUCGACUUCAAGCAUCAUUAACGAUAAAGAAAUAUCUAUGUUUUGUGAAACGAUUAACAAUAUGAAAAAUUUGGUUAGUCUUCAUAUCCUUAUAUCAUCCAUAAGUGAAAAUGCCGAUUAUUAUGCAAAUAUUAUGUACGAAACGCUGAUAACUAAACAUGAGUAUUGUUUAAUGCAAACGCUGAUGGACGGAAAAAUGAAAAGUAUUUUAGUAUGGAAAUAA